AUGUUACAUAGCCCAAUUCAGCCAAGUCAAAAUUUAAAAAUUAUAUUAGCUGCUUCGAUUGCACAAUCGAGUACAAUUGGAUCGUCAUCGUUGGAAUAUGCCAAUUAUUAUUUGAAAAGAAAACAAAUUAUUGAUUUCAUUUAUCUAUUAAGGCAUUUUUUAUGCAGAUCAUGGCAAUUAGAUUCGAAUUAUCAAACCAUGAAAAACACAAUCAAUAUUGGAAUGCAAAAAUUAUUGUCAAAUAAUAUAACAAGUCUACCAGAAUAUGUUAUAAAUCAUGCUGGAUCGAAAUUAGGCAAUGAGUCUAAAAAUCCUGCAUAUCAUUUGUUUCAUUUAUAUUUAGAAUUAAAAUGGUUGUUCCUUACGAUUAAAUACGAUUUACAUAAUUUUGCCGAAACCCGACAAGAUAAUAUUAUUUUAACGAAUGAUUCUGAAGUGAAUUUAACAUUUAAUGUUAACGAUAAGAAAGAUUUUGAACGAGAAUUGAAAAUAAUAAUCUCAGAUUUAAUCCAAAUUGCAGUUAAUAUUUUUAAUAAAACAGAUCCGUUACAAUUGAGUUCUACAAAACCAUUUAAUUGUGUUUGUGUCAAAGAAUUAUGGAUAAUGAUACAAAUAUUUACAGAACAAAUAAAUUCAACUGGAAAAUGUCGGACCUUUUGGGAUAUUUUUAAUGACAUUCUUGAGCAAAUGCCGACUACUGUAAAUAUUACACAUACAAAUUGUCUUGAAAUACAGUUACCAUUUUCAUUUAAUUGUAAAAAUUCACACGUUUUUGCAAUUUGGAUUACAUGCCAUGUUGCCCAGUUGCAAGGGUAUACACCAAAAGGUAUAUUUAUUGGCAGAGAUAAUAACUUACGGAUUUCAUCUAACUAUUCACCGAUCAUAACAAAUUUGAGUGCCUGGUUAAAUAGCGAUGAUUUAACAAUAAAUGAACCACAGCAAACCGAAAUGUAUUUACGGGCAUUAAUGCCGUUACUAUCACAAACAAUGAUUACCUGGUGGGAUCCAAAAUCUGAACCGAUUGCUACAUUAUGGGAAUACUUCCAUCGACGAUUAAAUUCAUUGUUUUAUUUAUCGACGGAUCCACCACAAACAAUGGCUACUAUUUGUAAUACUUCGUCAGCAUUAUUAUCACAAAUCAAAUUACGCUUACAACAAGAUAAAAUCAAAUUAGGUCAAUCAGACAAUGAAACAAGCUACCAGCAAUUUUUGCGUUUACUUGGUUUGUUCUUAAAUUAUUGUUUUAAAAAUAAUCAACAAAAUCAAUAUCAAAAAUUAAAGGGUCGUAUUUUUCCAAAAUUUUCAUUAAAUAAAUUGGUUGCACUAAAUCAAACUGGUUUAUACAACUUUGUGUCGUUAUUUUUAACAAUGGGAGUGAGUGCGGAUUUAUAUGAAGCGGGUACAAAGUUACAAUCCUUACUUUCAUUACUACCUCCAUUAGAACCAACUAAUAAUAAGAUGCCAAUUUUAUUAUCGACAAAUUUGGCUUUGGUACAGUUAUUUGUUGAAAAUAAAUUAAAUAUCGCAGAAAUUGCUAAUCCUUUGUUAACGUUAUUGUCACAAAUUGAGAAUGAAUCAAAUUCAUUUAAUAUUAAUUUACGACAAAUUAUUAUCGAUGGACUGCAGCAUAUUUUCGAAAUGAGUGAAGAUUUUAAUUCUGGAGAAUAUAUUCUGAUUGAUAGUUGGAUUUCCCGUUGGCUAUCAUUUAAUAAUUCCUCAACAAAUUUUUCCCCAAUUUAUGAUAUUCUAAUAUCGAUUACAUCAAAGUUGUACAUUCUAAGUGAAAAUACAAACAUAAUUUAUGGUACAGAAAAUGAUUACGGAAAAAUGUCACAAAAUAUAUUUCAACAUGUUUUGCCUGCAUUAAAACAAAAUGCAAAAGCAACAAAUAUCAAUUUACAAUUAGCUGAUUUAAUAUCAUCUGUAAUGCAAUUAUCAUUAAAUAAUCAACCAUUAGCGAAUAAAAAUUCAGCAAAUUUUUUCACAUUAUUUGUAUAUUUUGUAACUUCGCCAGAUAUAUCAUUACGAUUAAUUGAAAAAAUUUUAAGUAAAUUAUUAAAAUCACCAAAAGUGUUGACCGAACUUGAUAAGUCAUUUACAAAUUAUCAAUAUACGAUUGUACAGUUAUGGUUACAGUGUAAUUUAAUUUGUAUUGAAAAUAAUUGUGAAAAUUUAGCAGAUAUAUUACGUAUACUAAUCGAUUUACCUGAUAUUCGAACAAAUUUUAAUGAAUUUUCAACACUUUUAGAAUGUUCAGAUCAUAUAACAAAAUUUUUCGAAAUUAUUUCUCAAAAAUAUGAUUUAGCUGAGAAUACGGACGAUCGAAAUAAAAUACGUAACUUCCUAAAUGAAAUUCUAAAUGGUAUUGAUAAUCGUAUUACAUUCAUAUUGAGAAGUCCAUCGCCAGAUGAAAAAGUUAUUUUACAUACGUACACGAUUGUUGCAAAAUUAUUUUAUCAUUGUUCACAUUUAAUUUAUACAAAGAAUACUCCACUAUGUUUCUUUCAUAUAUUAGUAACGUUAAUGUUAUUACCUCCAGCGUUAUUUACUGGCCGAAAAUUACAUCCGUUUUGUGUGGGUGCAAUUCGACAAAAUUGGAUAUUAUAUGUACAAGGAACUGCACGUAAUGAUUACAAUAAAGAUCCAUACAUGCAAAAAACAUUAAAAGAUUUAAUUGUGCAAUAUGUUCCAUAUUUUACAAAUAAACCUGGUGAACUAUCACGCCGACAACCAUUUUUAAAAAUAUUCGAUACAAAUUUUGAGCGCAAUUUAACAAAAUUUAUUCUGGAAAAUAUUGUAAUUAAUUGUUUACAUUUUUCAUCAGGCGGUGGGAAAACACCAAAACCAAAUGCAUUAAAUGCUUUACUUGUUUUGAAAGAAAUUUUAAAUCAUAUUCGAACUGAUAAAGUUAAUGUAAUUUUAUUUGCAAAUUGUUGUUUUGAUGGAAUUUUAGAACAAAUUAUGUUUCUAGAAUCAACAGAACCUAGUAAAAAAAUUGGUGUUGAAUUAUUUAAUACGAUUAUUCAAAUUUUAUCGCCUUUUUUUAAUCAACAUGACGUUAAGGAAUCGUUCCUUAAGUGUGUACGAACAUUAACCAAAAAACACUUAGGGUUUAAUUCCAUGCAGGUUAUGCGAUUAUUAACGUACUUAGCACAAGAAUGUUGGAUAGUGAUUGAUGCCUACAUGCCAGAAUUACUACAAGAAGUAAAUAAUGUUGAAAAUAUACGAUGUGUGAGAUAUGAUACUGGAUUAAGAAAUAUGGUUGCCAAAGUAGCAAAUACUGUAGAAUCAUCACGACAUAAGUGAUAGAAAAUUAAAACUGAUUAAUUGUUUUUUAAUCGUUAUUUUGAAGG